CACUAGCAUAGCAUUGCGGUUUCACUGGUAUUAUAUUAUAAUCAUUUUAUUUGUAUUUAUGACAAAAUAGAGUUUGAAAAUAUUUUUAUAUGAUGACAAUGCGUAGAGUCCAUAGCACAUUUGUUAAUAUUAUUCGAAAACGUUUUUUCGCUGCAAAACUGUAUAAUGAAACAUUCAAAAGGAAAAUGUUCAAGCCCCAUGUGUUCAAAGGUGCAAUUUGUGUAGCAUCAGGUGCUACUUUGAUGAGUUUUGUACCAACAAAUUUGAGUAAAGAUUGUGAUGCAGUAGCGAGUGUUUAUGGGAUACUUCGCUUCUUCAGAUCGUUAUCUAUUGGCCUGCGGAUAUCCAUUGAUUAUUAUUUCUCAAUGUUGGGUUUGAGUGAGAACGAGCCAAAUUACCACAUCAUGAUGAGCAGGAUUCAUUUAAGAGCAGCAAAUUCCAUUCUUGAUGGUUGUUUACAGAAUGGUGGAUCUUAUAUAAAAUUAGGACAAGGUUUAGUUGCUAUGAGCCAUAUUUUACCAAAAGAAUAUAUAUCUACGCUCAAAGUUUUACAAGAUAAAUGUCUGGUAAGAGGCAGUGACGAAAUAGAAAAAAUUUUCCAAGAAGAUUUUGACAAAAGCACCUGUGAUUUAUUUAAGAAAUUUGACCCGAUACCUAUUGCUGCUGCUAGUUUAGCUCAGGUGUAUAAAGCAGAAACACACAACAAUGAAUCAGUUGCUGUGAAAGUUCAGUAUAUAGACUUAAGGAAAAGGUUUCUCACAGACGUAUCCACAGUGAAGUUUCUUCUGAAUAUAGCAGGCUGGAUGCAUCCUGAUUUCAAUUUCAGUUGGAUUCUAGAUGAUUUGAAAGAUACUCUCGAACAGGAAUUGGAUUUCAUUAAUGAAGGUGUUAAUUCUGAAAAAUGUGCCAAUGAUUUAUCGCAUUUGACCUAUAUCCAUGUACCCAAGGUUUUUUGGGAUUAUUCAAGCAAGAGAGUCUUGGUCACAGAAUUCAUCGAAGGUAUCAAAAUAAGCGAAAUUGAUAAAUUAGAAAAAGAAAAUUUAUCAUUGGCUGAUAUUGAUAAUAAGUUAUUUGAGGCAUUUGGGCAUCAAAUUUUUCAAACUGGGUUUGUUCAUGCUGAUCCACAUUCCGGAAACAUUUUAGUGCGAAAAAAGAAAAAUACCGCGGAAUUAGUACUUUUGGACCAUGGUCUGUACCAGCAGAUAUCUGAUAAGGAGAGAAGAGCUCUAAGCCAUAUGUGGAAGGCAAUGGUUUUGAACAAUCAUUCUGAUAUGAAGAAAUAUUCUGAAAUGUUGGGAGUUGAAGAUUACCAAGUAUUUGCUGAAAUUUUGGCCCAAGCACCCCUGAAGACCAAUAACUUCCGCUUGAAGCCAAAAUUAACAGAGGAUGAUAUGAGAGUUAUAACAGAUUUCGCUAGAAAAAGGUUUGACUCUAUAAUGAGUUGUUUGAAAAAAAUGCCCUCAACUCUUCUUCUUGUCUUAAGGAAUUUGAAUACCAUAAGAGCUAUUUGUCAUGACCACGGUAAUCCGAUAGACAGAUACUCUGUCCUCGCAAGAGCGGCCAUUAAAUCAACACAUGAAUCUCACAAUAUAUUGAAGAAAGUUGCCUUGGUUCCUCAUUGGACAUAUUAUGAAUUUAAAUUAAUGACCAAUAGGUUCACUACGUGGUUGAAACAAGUGAUUACUAAAAUUUUAGUAAAUAUGGGAUUAGUACCUGAUAUACACAAACUCAUGAAGGAUGUCAUGUAAAAAUGGAUAUUAUUUUAAAAAUGUUUGACAUUUAUGCUAAAUGUUCAAAAUUUAUGAUAAUAGGUAAUAUAUUAUUCUAUUUA